CGGCGUUUUUUGCGCACUCGAGUAGACAUUUAAUGCGAGCGGACAUGGACUGCCAUGGCAGACGAUGUGAUUUUUGCACCUCCCAGGCGGAUCGCCGCUUCCGCCUUGGCCGAGAUCCAGGAGCGAGAGUUCCCUCGAUCGCCGGCGAUGCUUCUCUUCCCAGCGAGGUCCAGGAGAUUCUGGAAGAGCGUUCACGAGAAGUCUCCAGGCGAUUGGAGGCGCUCGGUGCAGUGGACCUUCCAGCAAAAAGCGAUGAGGCGCCAGCUCCUUCGCCGGCACCAGCGCCCAUGGACUUCCCCUCCUUCGCGCAGCCCAGGAUUCGUCAAGAACAAGUUGACUGGGAGGUGCCGCAGAUCAUUCUCGACCGCUUGGCUCAGGCCUGGUGCCCCAGACCCUGAAGCGGUGGAGAAGUGCGUGCAAAGCUCCAAGUUUGCCUGGUCUGGCUUCGUGGAUGCCGCGAAAGCUGCCUGGAUCGGUGGCACGCAGCUGCUGACGUAUGGGGAGCUUUUGCCCGCCGGCACUCAGAAGGCCUUGGCCGUCUGACGCUGGGCCAUCCGCCGCUGCGUCACGACGUUCGAGAACGUCGUGCGCACGAUGCCCGAUCGAUGGCGAUGGAUUCCGUCCGAGCGUCCAGGUAUGCACUUCUUGGGUGCUCCUCGACAGCACGAGGUGACGUGGGUGCAGAAUUCCCAUGGGUCCGCGGGCCAGAUGCACUAAGAGGAUAACUCGUGGUGGUGCUGCAGAAGUGAGUCCCCUGGUCAGCUGGGCCGGGG